CUCCCAUCAUUCAGUAGCUUUCAGCACCAGUACUGUAUUUGUUUUUCAGUUCAACUCUACCACAAAACCUUUGGAUCAAUCAAUCAGUGAAUAACGAACGCGACGAUGGCAAGUAAUGGUGUUUCCUCCUUCAACGGUACAGGCAGUGUCGUUCCCGAUGACAUAGCAACAUACUCGUCCACAGCAACACACUUCGUCGAGGGAAGUGAACAAACAGCGUCGGGUACAAAUUGGGAGGCUAUUCUGAUCUUGCUAAUUGGGGCCUUGGGCGUCAUCCUGUUGUUUGCAGUUAUAGUUCAGGCAUGUUGCCAGCGACGGCGGCGGCAAGAGAUUGAAGUACCGGGCGAUGCGGAAGACGGUGUCGCCAACAACACGGCAUCACAACAACCCAAGAAGCUAUCGUUCCCCUUGUAUCAGAUUGCUCUGGUUCUGGCACUUUGCAUGUCCAUCACCGUGCAUGCGUCUUGUGAGUUUCUCAAGUUGUACGAAGAUCCGUCGUUCCUGGCAUUGGGACUGUGGCGGACUCGAUACCAACACGAACGCAUUAGGGACGACGAGUAUGAUUACCGCAUUCAGUAUGUGCGAGGUGGAGAAUGCCGUUCCAACUUUCGCACCGUGGAAUACGAACAGGAUGACCCUCUAUUGGUGGCUCGGAUUGCCGCCACGAUGGCCACAAUCGUAGGAGGGAUUUGCUGCGUCCUUGGUCUCUUGUUCCUGUGUUGUUUCGGGGCAAAAGCAGGCAAGAAGACAAGAGCCAAAGAACUCUGGCUGAUUACACCACUGCUGGUAGCCACGGUUGCUCAGCUUGUACCUUUGUGUUUGUUGAAUUCAAUUCAAUGCGAGUCAAACGGCGAUGACUGCUAUCCAGACUUUGGUGCGAUCAUGGCCAUUUUGGCUUCCUACUUUUGGUGCUUGGCUGCGUUUGCCUUGGCGUUGCCAGCGCUACUUGCAUCGUAAGCAAUACAUAUUGUACCGCUGUAGCAAGCUGUUAUUCUUCCUUCUUGUCAAUUGUCUGCCAGUUCUGUGCCGUAGCGUUUGCCAUCAUUCUCUCCGCGAGGAAACAAUAGAGGUGAAGUUGCCAUCCGACUGGGCUUGUUAGGUGAACGAGCGGGUUAAUAUGUGGUUAGAGUGGACUAUGGGCUGGUGGGGUGUCUUUGGUUUCAUACUUGCUAGCUAGCUAGAGAUCAUUGUACCCCUCUCAGAUUGUCUAGCUACUAGUAGUAGCUAGUAGAGUAGCUAGAUGAACCGGACGGACUUUUCGGAUUCCAGAACUAUACAAACUAGCCAGCGUCUUCCUUUAGCACUUCAUUUCCAUUAUUAUUGCUACUGUAUUGCUGCCACGUACCUUGCUCGAAUUGCGUUCCAA